UAAGCGAUGGAUUGGAGCUGAGGCCAAAAUACAAUGGGAUUCUCCACUGCAUGACCACUGUCUGGAAGCACGAAGGACUACGGGGCUUAUACCAAGGGGUAACUCCAAACAUGUUGGGAGCAGGGGCUUCUUGGGGACUUUACUUUUUCUUUUACAAUGCCAUCAAAGCUUACAAGAAGGAGGGGAAGCUGGAAAGUCUCAGUGCAACUGAACACCUAGUAUCAGCUGCAGAAGCUGGAGCCAUGACACUGUGUAUUACAAACCCAAUAUGGGUAACGAAGACACGACUUGUGCUACAGUAUAAUGCUGGUGUUGAUCCAUCAAAGCGGCAAUACAGAGGAAUGUUUGAUGCUCUUAUAAAGAUAUACAAGACAGAGGGCAUACGUGGCUUAUAUAAGGGAUUUGUGCCUGGUCUGUUUGGAACUUCGCAUGGAGCACUUCAGUUCAUGGCAUAUGAGGAUUUGAAACUGAGAUACAACAAUUAUAGAAACAGAAUAUCAGACACAAAAUUGAACACGGUGGAAUACAUAAUGAUGGCAGCUGUAUCCAAAAUAUUUGCUGUGUCAGCAACAUACCCCUACCAAGUUGUGCGAGCUCGUCUUCAAGAUCAGCAUAAUACAUAUUCUGGUGUGUUUGAUGUGAUCCGCAGGACAUGGAGGAAAGAAGGAAUUCAUGGAUUUUACAAAGGAAUUAUCCCCAAUGUGAUCAGAGUGACUCCUGCCUGCUGUAUUACUUUCGUCGUUUAUGAAAAUGUGUCUGGUUUUUUACUUGGUUUUAGAAAAGAGAAUAAUUAAAGGUAUGAGCUUGCGUUCGUAAAGAACCUAUCCUUUAUUUUUCAUAUUUAUGAUCUGGGAGAGAUACAGUUCAGCAGUCUUUUUUGACACUGUGAAUUGGCCUAGUACUUUGAGGAAGGAACCUGGAGAUGGUAAAAACCCUGCCAACAUCUCUCUUGCUGAAUGUUCCUGCGUUGCUGCCUUCCUGUCUGAAUCAGUUGCGUCUGCUUGAAACAGAUGUCUCUGCAACUGUGAAAUACCAGCACUGUGACUGGGUGAAGGCAGCUGUGCAGC